AUGACUGUUGUUCUCUGUAAACAAAGCAUCUAUGUCACAUGCUCCCACAGACACACCCUCUGUGGGCUCUUUAAAAGUGCCCUGCUCCCCAGUGGGAUCUAUUUGAAACAAGACUGACCCAGGCAGCGCUGACCCGAGCAAGGAUGAUGCAGGAGACACUUGUCGUAACCGUGCUGGUUCUGGUUGCCUCAGUCCGCUCCGACUCCCAGUUCUACCUGCCCAUCGACUGUGAUGACAUCUAUCACCGUGACAACACAAGUGCCAGUGGGGUGUACACCAUCUACCCAGGAGGCCCAGCUUCGCCUUUGAAUGUCUACUGCGACAUGGAGACCGACGGAGGCAGAUGGACGGUGUUUCAUAGGAGGAUUGACGGGACGGAAAACUUCUACAGGCCCUGGAAAUACUAUAAGACGGGAUUUGGGAAUGUAGCUGGAGAAUACUGGUUGGGCCUGGAAAACAUCUUAUUGCUGACUAUGAGGAAGAAGAACGAGCUUCGAGUCGACAUGGAAGACUGGGAGCAAGGAGAGGCCUCCGCUCAGUACUCGUCUUUCUCAGUUGACUCAGAGGACAGCGGCUACCAGCUUCACCUGGGGAGCUUCACCGGCGGAAAUGCAGGGGACAGUUUGACAAACCAAAAUUCCAUGAAGUUCACCACUUACGACAAAGACCAGGAUAACUGGGAAAAAAACUGUGCUCAGCAUUUUCUGGGUGGAUUCUGGUACAACGCCUGCCACAUGGCCAACCCCACCGGGAUGUAUGCACCUCAUGGGGCCAUCGGGUUUGAAAAUGUCCACGUCAUUUGGCAUGCAUGGAAAGGCUGGAACUACUCCCUCAAGACUGUUGCCAUGAAGAUCAGAUCGGUUGCUAAGUGUUCAUGUGGACAUUAGUCUGCCAUCGCUGGAGGAUAGAGUGGGAGAACGGCAUCUAAAGCCUGAAUCAGAACAAUAUUUAAUAUUGAACAAUAUAUAUUUUUUUUAAAUAAGGAGUGGAUUGUAUUUCUUUCCUUAUCUAUUUAAACUUUCCACUCUACAGCAGAUGCUAAUUUUUUGCAGUUUAAGUGUUUUGUUGGUAUUGGCUUUUAUUAAAGUUACCUUGAAUAAUUG